UACCAGACCUUGCAGCGGACAUAGAGGAAAAAAACGAGCAAAGAUGGGGCCAGGAGCAUAUUCCAGACUUUCCUUCUGCCUCCUUAUUUGGUUGGCCUCUGGCAACCCGGUGGAGGCAGGAGAGGAAAGCGUGCCGCCUGGUGAGGAACGGGAAGACCUGACCUACCUGCACGCUGAGUAUCAACUCCUUAGGAAUCAAUUAUGCAAUGAGAAUUGGAAAAGUCAUGGCUUUUACUGCUACAGGUAUUUCGACACUCCCAGGACUUUCAGCGAGGCAGAGGCUGAAUGCCAGGGUUACGGCCAGCAUGGCCACCUCGCAUCCAUCGUAAGCCCAGCGGACAGUGUCUUCCUCGCCGAUCUGGCAGAGAACGCUAACUACGACAUCUGGAUUGGAUUGCGCAACACGGAGGGGUGCAACUCUUGGGCCUGGACUGAUGCAACCCCCUUCAAUCCAGCGUACACCCCUUGGGCCGAAUGGCAGCCCAAUUCCUGCAACUCCGAGCAAGUGUGUGUGCAGCUGAUACACGCCUCAAAAUAUUCCAAGUGGAACGACGUGGGCUGUCACAGCAGGAGUGGCUACAUUUGUGAGAUUCCUGCUGGAUUAUAGUUCCUGGGGAUGAUCAUCUUUUGGGGUUCUCAGAAAUCAGGAGCUCCUGAGUCCUGACCAUCUAAAUUUGAGUCCCUUUCUGAAAAGCAUUAGCCCACCAUCCCUACAAAAUCCCAUUUGUUGUUUGCCCAAUGCAUGCUUUACUGCCCUUU